AUGUCUGACAACGCCCUCGACGUGGUGAUUGUGGGAGGAGGUCUCGGUGGACUGGCGGCCGCAAUCUCCUGCGCAAUCGCUGGCCAUCGAAUAUGCGUGUUGGAGGCUUCGCGAGAGUUGGCGGAGAUUGGAGCCGGCCUGCAAAUCACACCAAAUGCAGCACGACUGCUCGAGGCAUGGGGACUGGGGCCCGACAUUGAGGCUAUGGGUGCUGAGCCCACAAAGUUGACGGUGCACCGAUACCGCGAUGGUCGAAUUCUGGCGCAGGAGUCGGAUUUCGACAAGAAUAUGCGCCGAAAGUAUGGCGCUCCAUUCGUCGACAUGCAUCGCGCCGACUUGCAACAACUUCUCUACAAGAAAGCGCGGUCGUUGGGGAUCAAAGUUCGGCUUGGAUCACGAGUUUCACAGAUCGAGCGCAACACGUUCCGACCCCAAGUCCUGCUUGAGAGCGGCGAGAGAGUAUCUGCGCACCUGGUCGUCGGAGCGGACGGGCUAUGGUCAAGAUGUCGGGAGAGCAUGUUGGGCAGAGCGGACAAGCCAAUGCCGACCGGUGAUCUUGCAUACCGAAUCAUACUGGAGAUUGGCCAGAUCGGCGAUCCCGAAUUGCGCGAGUGGAUCGCUAAUCCCGAAGUCCACUUCUGGAUCGGCCCUCGCGCCCAUGCUGUUGGGUACUCGAUGCGAGGCGGAACAAUGUAUAACAUCGUCUUGCUAUGCCCGGACAAUCUCCCAAGCAACAUCUCGCGAUCCAAGGGCUCGGUGGACGAGAUGAUGGAACUCUUUUCCGGCUGGGAUCCGAUCCUCACCCGCUUCCUCAAGCACGUCGAUUCGGUGGAGAAAUGGAAGCUCAUGCACCGCGAAGAAGUCGAAUCUUGGACGAACCCUCAGAAGAACUUUGUGCUGAUUGGGGAUUCAUGUCAUGCGAUGCUUCCAUAUCUCGCGCAGGGGGCUAAUAGCAGCUUGGAAGAUGGAGCGGUGCUGGGGAGACUGCUAUCGCACGUGCAGUCCAGAGCACAGCUCCCAUGGGCCAUUACACUGUACGAGAGCUUACGAAAGUCGCGAAGCGAGAGCAUCGUGCGAGAGACGUUUCGACAGCGUCACGACUUCCAUCUCGAGGACGGCGAGUUGCAGCAACAAAGGGACGACUUGUUUCUCUCCCAGCUUGGGAAGCCUGUGGACUGUGCUUUUCCCAGCAGGUGGACGUGUCCGAAGGUGCAGCCAUGGCUGUACGGAUAUGACAGCAAUAUAGUGGCAGACGAGGCUGUUCACGCGCAUCCAUACCGUGAUGAACAAGAGGAGUUGGUGAUGAAGGAGUUUCGGCCGGAGGAACAGGUGCCGAGCUUGCUGCAGGUCUCUGCGAAUUAG